CCUCUAUUUCUGCGGAUCCGGAUGACAUCAAAACUACUGUAUCUGAAUUAUGUAAAACAGUGAAUUAUUACACUUCUCAUUUCUGGAAUGGACAACAAGACAACUGUAAAGCUGCAGUCCUCUGAUGGGAUGAUUUUUGAAGUUGACAUCGAUUGCAUUACCAGGUGUUCAGGCACAAUAAGGAGGAUUCUUGAAAGCUGGGAGGAUGAUGAGGAUGCCGCUGUGCCGUUGGAGAAUAUAGAUUCGGACAUUUUGAGGAUGGUGCGACAGUGGGCCGAAUUUCAUUUUAAAUUAGAUUUCACUGAGGAUCAAGAAUACCGAUGGAAACAAAAUUUCGUCAGCGUGGACCAGGCCAAACUCUUUGGUUUGAUAAAAGCCGCCAACUAUCUGGAUAUCAAGAAGCUGCACAAUUUGACUUGCAAGACCGUGGCCGAUAUGAUACGAGGCAAGAAACCCGAGGCAAUACGCAGAAUUCUCCUCAUUCCGGAUGACGACACCUCUUUUGAAGAGAGCAGGGACAAGCCUCAUUUCCUUUGGCAAUAAAGUAUCUAUGAUAAAAACCAAUCCCAAGAACUAAAUUCGGGUGCAUGUAUGUAUUUGGCCGUAUAUUUUUAUUGAACAGUUAUCGAUUGCCAAUGUUGGUCACUACGGAUGCAAAACCAUCAAUGUUCUUUCGAAAAUCUUUAGCAUACAUUUUUUUAAAACCUACAAAUUGGUAUACAAUUAAAUAAACUAAA